AGUAUUCUCAUAGAGUGAAUGUGCACUGUAAAGAUGGACGUGAGGUUCGCGUUUGACGAUGGGGACAGGGGUUACAUAUCCCACACAAUUACGGAAAAUCAGAUCCGCAUGGAUUUCAACCCGGGUUCGAAUUCGUCGUGGCUUUCUGGAACACCCUCUCACGCAACCAUAACGGUUCAUGCCCGAGAUCCAGAAACCAAGGAAAUCUGCCGCAAGCAGUUCCGCUGUGAUUACGACGGAUGUGCGCGGGCGUACAGUACGAUGGGGAAUCUCCGAACUCAUCAAAAACGACAUACGGGAGAGUAUAGCUUCAUAUGCUCAGAGUCCGGAUGUGGAAAAACGUUUUUGUCAUCGUAUUCCUUGAAAGUUCAUAUCCGUGUGCAUACGAAUCAGAAGCCCUUUGAAUGCGACAUUACUGGUUGUGCGAAAGCGUUUUCAACUCGCUACAGACUGAAAGCGCAUCAAAGGCUGCAUAACGGAGACACUUUUCGGUGUAGGUCAGCGGGCUGUUUGAAAUUUUUCACGACUUUUUCGGAUUUGAAGAAACACUCGCGCAUCCAUACCGGAGAGAGACCAUUCAAGUGCGGGGAACAAGGAUGCGAAAAAGCAUUCACAGCCAGUCAUCAUUUGAAGGUUCAUUACAGGAUUCAUACUGGAGAAAAGCCGUUCGAGUGUCCUCGAGCAGAAUCUUUAGAGAAGCCGUGUCAGAAAAGUUUCACCACUAAAUCGGCCCUCAAGUCCCACUUAAAACUUAGACAUAGACCCCAAAUCGAACUGUCUCAGAUUGCUGCGGUUUGCGGUGUGACGUGUUCGUGCUACAAUGCUACUAUUCCACUCUGCACAGCUGAUGAUCAGAUUUCCACUCCGACCCCGGAGUUCACUGAUCUUGCUCAGUUGCUCGCAUGCGAUCCAAUCGAUUGUCAAGAUAGGGUUUCUGAGCCGAGUUUGUCUCCCCUCUCUACGCCACCGCCGCCGAAUUGAUCGCGGGAAUAUUUUUGAAUUUUCAUUACGGUUAUCGGUUCUUGCCGAAAUGUUCUCAACGGGUAGCAAGAUUUUCCCCCCUUCUGAUCUUUAAUUCAUGUUGAAGACGUGGCGCACUCUUAAAAAAAAAAAGCUUAGUGUCGAAAGGAUGGUUCACUAUUGAAGGUUACCGAUAAAGAGGUGAUUCACGAGAGGACGUAAUUUUAAUCGAAUUGUUCGACAAACUGGAUUUUUUCAACCAUUGAUGCAUUUUAAUUCAGAUGGCAAGAAUGUUGUUAAAAUUGCUGAGUCAAGAAGCUGCGAUCAUUCAUAGUUCAAAGCGAGUGCGGAUAUGUUUCAUUGGAAAACUGUCGUGCCUUAUGCGUAUCGUGUUCUGGGAAAGUUGAAUCGAUGAUUUUAUGUGCAAUGUGUGGCCUUUGUGAUAAUUGCUUGUUGGGGGCUAGGUUUUAUCCAUAGUAUGCGAAGGUAUUCGUGUGUUCUUUCUGUGGUAAAUGCUGUGGCUUCGGUGCAGUGUUGGCAUUAAUGAGCUGAUUCGGGUUGCUCAGUACAUA